AUGGCGAAGGGGAAGAGAAAGCAGCCCGUGGAGGACGCGUACGAGGACGAGGCCGAACCACCAAGGACGCUGGUGAAGCGGAUCAAGACGGCCGGCGCGGCGGCGAGCAACGCGACUGCCAAGGCGACGACGAGCAAUGCGGCGAACAACGCGGCGAGACAAGUGUCAAACCAGGACGUCGAGUCUCCAGGGUUCCUACCGCCAGUGGCCGAGUCCCUUGGUCCUGGCGAAGAACUCGGAGAAGAGAUUGACGACGACGACGUGCCCUCAGGCACACGCGGCCAAAGACGUUCCGCGACGGCGAUUUUCGACGCUUUUAUGGCUGAGGCCAACUACACAUGGGACACUGUCCGUGAGGACUGGAAGAAGACCAGAGCGGCAGAGGUCGAGAGCAAUGCGCUCCCACGCCGCAACAUCUACACGAUUCUCCACAACUUUGUCGUGUUCCUCUACAACCACACGUCCAAGCGAUCGAAGAACAGCGAGGGCGUGCUCUCGAUGGGCACUGCAGACAACUAUCUCUCGCAGAUCAAGAACCGCAUGAUCAAGGACUUCAGCGCAACGAGCCUCAAGGAAUCGGCGCGGUGCACGAAGAUUCGUAGUUUCUUAAAAAGCAAGUUUACGGACCGAGCAGUCAAGAAGCAACUCUUCCAGCAGCAAGCGCCUGCCAUGACAGUCCAAGACGUAAACAUUCUCGGGAGCAUGCUACACAAGAGAGGCGACAAAAAGUCUAUUCAUGUGUCGUGCACGCUCACCAUCAUGUGGCACAUGCUUGGUCGUGCUAUUGAUUCUUGCUGGCUAACGCGGCAACAGCUCUCCAUCAUGCCUGGUGGCGAUCUGUUCGUCAACUUCGCCCGACUCAAGACGUCGUCACUGCAAGGAGUCUCUCUUUUUCCGCACAAGACCGACCCGUUGCUAUGCCCAUUUGUGGCUCUAGCCGUCCUGCUCGUUACAUCCGAGCCGAGCUCGCUUUUUAUCGAGCUCGUUCGCGACCAAGGUUCUUCCACUCACGAAAUGGAGGACAUUGGGGCUAUUUCCCAACUUGAGGCUUCCAUCGAGGGCAUCGUAGACGACCUUGGAGAGACGCCAGAGGACGACGAGUACGCGCCCGUCGAUGCCAGUGCAGAGGCAAAAGCGGCCGGGGCCAAGAUCAAGGCCGACAGGAAGAGACCAUCGAUGGCCCAGCUACUCAACGUCCAACUGAAGGACCUGGAGCGCGAGUACAAGGCGAGCGUGGUCAAUGAAGAGCUGGACUCCGUCGGUCUCACACCAGGCCUACAGUCGCACUCUGAGCGGUCCAACGUGUCCAAAGCCGUGUGCAACGCUCUCUUCGCGUCCUUGCUCAUGCACCUCCCGUUCCUCCUCAACCUGGGCCCAACGUCGGACCUCGCACGCGUCGUCCGAGACGCGUGCGAUGAAUCGCGCUGCUCGCUCGAGCAGUUGGAGGCGGCGUCUGAUACGAUUCGACAGAAGUUCGAGUCGGAUCACCCUCGACACGAAUGCAAGACGUGCGACAUCCCAAUGCAGUUCCGCGAGCUGCACGCGAAACUGGAUGCUAUCCAGGCCGGUCUCUCCAAGGUUGAUGCCCUGCAGGCUAGCUUCGAGAGCCUCACGCAGCUCAUGCAGCAACAUUUGUCGUCUGGUGGCUCGCAGUCACUGGCGCAGCCACUAGCACAGGCACUCGCGGAGAGCUCACCAGCCGCGAUCGCACCACUCGCGGCGACAUCGAUGCAUUGGCUCGACACCUACAACAAGAUUACGCCCAAAAUCUUCAUCUACAAGUGGUUUACCGAGGAGCCUUGGAAGCGCGAGAUCCAAGGAGGACCCAACCAAUCCAAGAUGAGCAACCUCAAGACUUCUUUGGGCAUCAUCAAGCUCGUAGCUCAAGUUCCCUUUCGUAUCUCGGCCCCAGUCGACCGUGACGUCGAUAGGGCGGCUUACAACACGUGGAAGUCCCAUGUCCUCGCCGUGGCCGAGAAGCUGGAAGUGGCGUUGUACGCCAACUUCAAGCUCUUGGACGGAAAAGAUUUGGCUUCCAGCGCAUCGAGCCUACGUACUCGUUUCGGCAACUGCGUGAAAGGGCCUGCCGCCACGACGACAAAGAUCAAGGUUAUGGCCUCAGCGACCCAGCGUAUGCUCGACGACAAGACGCUAUGCGACGAGGUCACUCCCGUCAACUACGAUGGCCUCCCGAAGCUAAUCCUGAAGCAUGCACAGAAGAGGACCUUUCACAUCUAG